AGUCGGUCAGGGUAAAACUUGAGUUAGCGAUUUUUGGGAUUCUGGAUUCCUCCCUUGUGUAAAUAUAGAAUAGAGAGGGUCAAUUCGUGACGAGCCCCUGUGGAUACACAGACAAUUAUGACUCCCCUUUAAAUAAAUCUAAAAAUUAUGUAGACCGAAUCUUUCAAAGACGAAGAUAGGUCGGAUUUAAACCGUUAUCGGUUUUGCUAAUAGUCAUAUCCGCUUAUAGUACGCAUGUUUUCAAGAAUACUACAACUACACGUGAGUUUGGUAAUGCCGGGCUGAUUGCAAACAAUUUAACAAAAUAACUGAAGAUGUCAUGGCUGUUUGGAAUGGGAGGCGGGGGACAAGGCCCCCCACAAAUCCCUGUCCCACCACCAGGGGGUGACAAUAAAGGCAGUUCCGAACCACCGAAAAAUUUAACGAAAUCGGAGAUGGAAUCUUAUCGAUUUGACUCGGCAGCACUGGAGCGAGCUGCUAAUGCAGCCAAAGAGUUAGAGAAAUCCAAAAAUGCCAAGGAAGCGCUGGAACUGUCAAAACUGCAGGAACAAACGAAACAAUUGGAAACUCAGACGAAGUCGAAGGAAAUGGAAGCAUAUAUUGAGGAAAUGAAACUUCAAGCUGUGAAAGUCCAGGAGGAAGAAAGGAGAAAAACGAUGUCUAAAGAAGCAGAACUUCAUCAACAGAAAGCAAAGUACCAGGAUCAACUGGCGAGGCGGAGAUACGAUGACCAACUUACGCAACAGACAAGACUUCAGGAAGAGAACUUGAGAAAACAAGAAGAAUCUGUAGCUAAACAGGAGCAGAUGAGAAAAGCCACGCUGGAGCAUGAGUUCGAACUCCGCAAGAAAAAUGAACAAGCCAGAAUAGAAGCAGAAAUGAAAGCUCGGGGGAAGAUGGAGAGAGAGAACAUAGAUCUGAUAAAGGAACAGAUCAAAUUAAAGGCUCAAGAAAAAAGGGAGACAAUCCUAGAAUCAAUCAAGACAGCGGGCUCUGUUCUUGGUGCUGGAUUCCAAGCCUUCAUAUCAGAUCGAGACAAAGUGGCAGCAACGGCGUUUGGAAUAACGAUGGCUGCAGUGGGUAUUUAUGCAGCCAAGCAUGGGACGGGCGUGACUGCCCGCUACGUGGAGGCCAGACUAGGGACACCGUCACUCGUCAGGGAAACCUCCAGACUGACCGUAGGAGAGGUCAUCAAACACCCCAUAAAGACAGUCAAAAGAAUUGUUAAUAAACCAGAAGAUGCACUAAAAGGAAUCAUUUUAAAACCAGAACUUGAAGAAAGACUUCGAGACAUAGCCAUAGCAACCAGACACACAAAGAAAAACAAGGGAUUUUACAGAAAUUUGUUAAUGUAUGGUCCUCCAGGAACAGGGAAAACAAUGUUUGCCAAGAGCCUUGCCCAGCACUCGGGUAUGGAUUAUGCUAUAAUGACCGGAGGAGAUGUAGCCCCCAUGGGUAAAGAGGGCGUGACUGCAAUGCACAAAGUGUUUGACUGGUCCAAGGCCAGCCGGAGAGGGGUGCUAUUAUUUGUCGAUGAAGCAGAUGCAUUUCUCAGGAAAAGAAGCAAGGAACUCAUCAGUGAGGAUAUGAGGGCCACGCUGAACGCCUUCCUCUAUCGAACAGGAGAGCAGUCUAAUAAAUUUAUGUUAGUAUUGGCCAGUAACCAGCCCGAACAGUUUGACUGGGCCAUCAAUGACCGAAUCGACGAGAUGGUGGAAUUCGGAGUCCCAACACUGGAUGAGAGAGAACGCUUGGUCAGGCUCUAUUUUGACCAAUUUGUCCUCAAACCUUCCAUGGAAGACAAAAGGUUAAAGUUGGCAGAGUUUGACUACAGUGCUAAGUGUUCAGAAAUAGCCAGAUUAACGGAAGGUCUUUCAGGGAGAGAAAUUUCGAAGCUGGGAGUAGCUUGGCAGGCGACAGCCUAUGCCUCAGAAGAGGGUGUAUUAACGGAACAGAUGAUCAACGACCGAGUCAACGACGCAAUACGUCAACACAAGAAGAAGGAUAUGUGGCAGCACGAACAGGCUGUAAAGGAAGAACUGGAGCUCGGAGCCGCUUACACGUCAGAGAAAGACAUGGCGGCGGACCUGACAGCCCCACAGACCAAGCCGGGCUCAGACCCAAGUCAACGGCCGUCACAGCAUAGCUAACAGCACCAGGAAUCUAGGGAAAUCAUUUUACUGAAACGAAUACCUUGAUUUAGAAAUGUCACGUGUUGAACAGGAACAAAUUAACCAAAGUGUUGUAUUGGUGAUAACUAGACCGAGCUUUAUGGCUUGUUUUAGGGAUAGAAGUUCACAAAAUUCGAAGUUGAAUGUGCUGUGAUGAUUAUUACUUGAUUGUAUGAUAUAUACGAAGUACUGGUGCAAGUUGCUGUUUGGUUCAUUCAUUGAAAUAUUUUGGCCAUUCCUUGUAGAAUGAUUCAUCACUAAUGUUUAUCUUUCACUGCCAUGAUGUAUCCAGUGUGUUUACAUUUAUAUAUUGUAAUCAAAUCAGGGCCGUCAGUGUUCCUAAAUAGUGGCUCUAAUAAAAGGACCAUUGGAAAAUAGGAGUUAUUGUACAUGCAAGUAAAGUAAAAAAAAAAAAUUGAAUCUGAACCAAACAAUUUCGAUAAUUUUCCUGAUAAAAACAGUUGCAGCCGUGUUAAAGUUUGUAAAAACAGAAUGUGUAAAUGGAAUUAACUGUACCAUUGUGUGUAUUGUGACUGAAUUCUGUGAGGAAAACAGAGCACAUGUAAAUAUUUGUCUGUAGCUUUAGUUAUAAUGAAGAGGGCAAAAGUGAAAUCUUUUUCCAGAGACUUAACAUUUUUUUCUGUAAUUAUCACUUCAUGAAUGAAGACUGCAAAUUAUUUGAGAUACAUGUUAAAUGUAUUAUUUAUUACCAAACAUGAAAGGUGUUUAUCAUGUGUCAUGUGCAUUUUGACAUUAAGCUUUGGAAAUAGAGAUUUGUGUAUAUACAUGAACAUGUGUAUAUUCUGUUGUCCUAAAAGACGGUUGACAGUUGUGAACAUAAAAUAAAAUAUAUGUAACGAU